AAAAUCCGUUCGUCUUUUUGGUCCGUUUGUAAAGAUAUCCGUAGUGAAACAAGUAAGUUUAGGUGUCACACAUAUACCGUCACAACCGACUGGGAAAUUAGCUUAAUGUAAUUUGGACGAAGUUUCGAAAUUCCCGAGUCUCUUCUUGAAUUUUAAUCGACAACAUUAGAGGAACCACCAUUGCUGACGGUAUUUAAACUGAAAACAAGUAACUGACAAUCUGCCAACGGUAGCGACGAUUUUUAACGUGUCUCCGUGUUUCAACGAGGAGCAACUCAACCUCCGCCUAAGCUAACUAGAACAACCUGUUCUCGUUGGAUUCAGCCAUGGACGCGUUUGUAAAAUUUACAAAUCAAAGUCAAGGAAGGGACCGUGUUUUCAGGGCAACCCAAUAUGCAUGUGCGCUGUCGAGAUACUUACUCCGAAACAACCCAGAAACAAAGGACUUGGUGGCAAAACUUAAAAGUCUGGAAGCCAACAUGAGUGCUGGACGUAAAUUGUUCAGGCUGGGAAAUACAAUAAAUUCCAUUGAGGCUGCUAAGCGAACCAUGCAACUCUCUGACCGAGUGCUGUGCCUGUGCCUUACUGUGGCCAACAUCAACCGCGCCCUCUACUUUAUCUGUGACAAUGUACUUUGGGCCAGAAAUGUCGGCCUUAUCCGUGAUAUCGACAAGGAACGUUGGAGUCUAAGUGCCUCUCGCUUCUACCUCUUCUCGCUAGUUAUGAGUGUGAUCAGAGAUGUUUAUGUUAUCGCCCAGUUAAUGGUACAGAGAGCAAGAGAUAAACACUUUAAACAGAAAAUGGAUUUGCAUCUCAAUGAGAGCCCGGAAGUAGCUGAGGUUGUCAUUCCCCAGCUGGAUGCUUUUCUUUUUCUGCUGUUGGAGAGCCUAAAAUCACAUCCCGCUGUUGCCUUGGACGCAGUGAAAAAUAUCUGUGAUCUCACCAUCCCUUUAGACAGGUUGGGGAUAUACCAGUCGAACGCAGGAGUGGUCGGAUUUUGUGGCCUGAUAUCCUCACUGAUUGGGAUUGUAACCCUCGUACAGCCCAAGUUAAAAAUCAAACCAUGAUAAUGAGGGUUAUUAUAGGUUGACCAGCUGCAGAUAAAAAGGUUUAUGACAACAUACUGGUUUGUAAAACGACUUAGUGUCAUCUAGCUGGAGCUGUAAUAGUGGUUAACUGGUGUUUACCCGGUGCACAAAGUAAUUAAGCAGCACAAUGCUUUACUUGGCAUUUAGGUUUUACACAAACACAAGCCAGCAAUAACUGAAGGCUUGCAAGUGUCGAGAAUGACUUAACUGAAUUGUUUUGGGAAAAAAAAUUUAACAUGAUCUUUUGAAAUAGACACAAAUUUUACUUGACAUUCAAUGGGGACCAGUUAUGGACUUACACACCAGGUAAAAGGGAGCAAAUCAGGUUUUUAUAGUAGCCUUAUAUUUUUUUGUUUGCAUCCCUGUCUUCUCCAGCACCACACAGUCCAUCACACCAGCAAUUUUCUAACUACUGUAUUUGCAAAAUAAGGGCUUCCUACUGAUAUAAGCUGUGAUGCACCUUUCUUUUAGAAAAACUUCAGUUGUUAAUCGGGGUGGCAUAGUCACCUUAAAUCUAGCGUCUUUCACUGCUCUCUGGGUGGCGUAGUCAUCUUAAAUCUAGCGUCUUUCACUGCUCUCUAUUUUGUGAUAAAAUGCUGCUAAAAGUUUUACUUGUACGAUUCAAGUGAUGAAUAAGCUGCUUCUCAGCCAAAAGUUCUUUCAGAGGGUUCAGGGAUUCCCUCUCGUUAUUUAUUUUUCAUAAUGCCAUUCAAAGUCUGGACUUUGACACUCAGCAGGUUAUAAUUAUGUUAACUUAAAGAAAAAUGUAAAGAAUUGAUUGAGUACAAAAUCCUGCGACUGUAAAAUAAAUAAAUAAAUAAAUAAAAACUAUGCAAAAUGUGUUACUAGUUUUAAGAGCAAAUCCACCUAAAUAAUGUGUUUACAAUUACAUUCUUAACAUGUUGUCUAGUAAUUGUGUGUUUAUGUAUGUUUUUUGAACUUUGUGACACAGAAACUACCAACUUCCUCUACUAAAUACGACAGCUUCAGUCUUAAAAGCUGCAGUUCAGAUGAGUUAAUGUUUUCACUGUCACAGUUGAUUGAAAUGUUAAUAAAACACUUAAUAAUAAACAAAAAUAAU